AUGAAAAUUUUUCACUUUUUCUUAUCCAGAUGGCGACAGUGGGAGGCAUUAGACUGUAAUGACGUUGAUUCAGUUCACAAUGAUUUCCAGCGAGAGCUGCCUUACGUCAUGUUCUUUCCAGAUUUGCUAGAGAACGUCGUGAGAGCCUGGGCUCGAUUUCAGCACCCAGCUGGAUAUAUACAAGAAACUCUGCAAAUGCAGUGGGGAUGCCAUAACCGGACAAACCGAUUAGAUAACCCGGGAGGGAGAGUUAUGGCCGAUGUUACGCCAGCCUUUCUAGCACAGUUUUAUCAUCUUUACCUAUGGACUGGCAACCAAAAACUCCUGCGAGACCUCUGGCCAGCGGCCCGCAAAUCAUUGAUUUGGCUGAUGCAUAUCAGUACAGAAGGCUCGGGUCUUCCGUUACAUCAAACCUGCACCUAUGACAUCAUUUACCUCGAGGGUUACGACCACACCACCUAUAACAGUGUGAUGUAUCUUCUGGGUUUGCGAGCUGGACAAGUUCUUGCUGAGGCGCUAGGAGAAACAGAAUUAGUUCAGACGGUUCGCCAAGCGUUCAAGUACGGAAAGGCUAAAAUGGACAAAACUUUAUGGAAUGAGAAUGACGGAUUUUAUCACUCUUGGUGGGAUCACGAGAAAGGCUCACCUAAUUGGCUAAUGACGGACUCCUUGUAUGGACAAGUGAGUAGCACACUGCCUUUAUAGGAUCUAUGGGAGCUCUACUCGAUUUUCUUUAUAUUAUAUAUUUGUAGUCAUGGCUGCAUGAGAACUUUGUUAGUUCCUGAAAUGUCUUUGGAAAGCUCAAUCACAC